UUCUUAUCCACUUUGUUGCCACGGGUAAAUUCAAAGGACGGGCGAACCCGUGGAUUUUUCCACGGGCAACGACUAGUCUAUAUUAUAAUGCCCGUAUACGUCUGUCUGUCUGUCUGUCUGUCUGUCACGCAAAAUAGUAGCUUAGCUGCGACGGGCGAACCCGUGGAUUUUCCACGGGCUAACGACUAGUAUUUAAUAAACGCCCCAGGCCUUUGAUCGAUGCCGUAUAGCUGCACACUCCGAAUUGAACACAAGCGCGUAAAAUGACCAACUUCGUAUAACGAGGCAAUUUUGUACGGAACAAUAGUGCAUACUUGAGAACUUUUCGCGGGAAAGUUAGCUGUAGCUGCGGUUCGGUUUCGGUUUCAUUUUCCGAAGCGAUCUUGUCUUUGGUCUCCAAGUGAAAAAAACCCAGCAUAAUCAUGGAAAACAAACCACAGUUGUCUAAGCUACCUGAUAAUGCAAGCAAGUUUAGAAUAUUUAUUUUUAAAAUGAUUGACAGUAAAGUGUUUGGAGCAGCCAUUUUGUGUGUAAUAUUGGUGAAUACUGUAAUUUUGAUCAUUCAAACAGACGAAGAGAUUAGUGUAAGAGGAGGUUGGUACUUCUCUGUCAUUGAUAAUGUUUUCCUUGCAAUUUAUAUUGUGGAGCUUAUUUUAAAGUUGUACGCAUUAAGAUGGAGUUACUUUAAGACUGGAUGGAAUGUGAUGGAUUUUUCAAUUGUUGUCUUCACAACAUCGGACUUUCUAUUACCAUUGAUCGUUCAAAAUGUCGGCUCUUUUGAUGUUGCUGCCAUUUUCCGGCUGUUAAGAAUGUUUAGAGCCAUUCGGGCAUUGAGAGCAUUGCGUGUACUCAGAACCAUCCGAUUUUUGAAAAAUCUUCAAGUAAUUAUGACUACCAUUUUGAAAUCAUUUCGUGCUUUAAGCACCAUUGUUAUGUUGCAGAGUUUGUUUUUAUGUAUGUUUGCUGUCAUCGGUCGUGGACUGUUUUACAAAGUUGCACCAAGUCGUUUUGGUAGCAUUCUGCGUGCCAUUUACACGUUGUUUCAACUCAUCACUUUGGAUGACUGGUACUACAUGUACACUGAUGUUGUAAAUGCCAAUUCAGACUACACGUUUAUCAUUAUCUAUCUGAUCAUAUACAUUGUGUUAGAAAACUUUAUCUUUUUAAAUUUGUUUGUGGCUGUAUUGGUUGAUAAUUUUCAAAGAACGUUGACAGCUGCAGAAGCUCGCAAGAAAGAGAAGAACAAACACAGAACUUUAUUUGUUGCUGAAGAAAAUGCUGAUGACGAUGGAUCUGUGUCAAUUUUUUCCAAUCAAAAUGAAGAAACCUCAGACAGUACUCCAGAAUAUUGGAUACAUCUUCCAGUUAUUGAAGAUUUUUAUUCUGUCGAUGAGAUUUCAUGCAAAAGAGAUCGCGAGUUGUUGUCAGAUUAUUUCAAGUUUUUAUCCACGAUGGAAUAUAACAUGCAUCAAACACAGAUUCAACAGAGAUUGCUUGAUGAACUGGUUGACAUCACUGUUAACAUUCCUGAUGUUCCUGAAGAACUGAUCUGAAAUUUUAAGUAAUUUUAAGUACAGUUUAACCUGGUCUACCUCAUAUCAAUGGUCACGUAGGAACCAAAAUCUUUCUUUUUUUAGGGAGAGGAAGGCAAUAAUAUGUGGGUCUGGAUUAAUAGUGUGACCUCCUCUACUUUAUGAUUAACAUUCUAUAUGAGCACUCUCCCACCACAGUACCUCUUAUAUUUUCUCUUAUAUUUACUUCUUAUCUAAUGAUCCAAAGAGAAACUAACUGCCAAUUUGAUUCUUCUAUUUUAAAUGGAAAGAUAAUUUGUAUUUAUUUAGGGAACGUUCAAUACUUACGUAACGUUGAGGGGAUGGGUAGUUCUUCCCGUUUUUUGUGAUGCAGCGUAAAGUAAAGGGGGUGGGUAGUGUUCGAUUUUGCUGCGUGACGGCACAAUUAAAAAAAUUUUGAUAAAUAAUCUUGUAUAAUUUUUUGCGAUAGAACGCUUAAGUUUUCAUUUUCUCCGUAUUUUUCCGUAAGGUAGAUCCUACUUUAGUGUCACAAUCGAAAUGUUUAGUGUUACAUUCGAAGAUUUAUUAGAAGCAAUCAAAAUAUAUUUUCGAAUGUUUCGAGUAUGUAAACAUUCGACUAAGUAAUCAUAUUGCAAGUUUCUUUUGAUUUUGUAUUGACAAAUAGUGGCGUCUUUAGCAGAAAUUGGUCAAGUUUAUAUAACAAACAAUACUAUCAAAUGACACUAUCAUUGUGCUAUUUGAGCAUUAAGGCGGUUCCCCUUAAAAAAAACUAUAUCGCAGAAAAUUGUCUUUUCUGAAGAUACUUGAUGAUGAUAUCAUAGUAUGUGAAAGUACGACAAAAUCAGUAAGUCAAAAAUUUAAUUGAUUGGUUGCCAUGUUUAUCCGUUGCUAGAAAAGUAUAGGCAAAAUAUGACAUUUUGCUGCUCGACGCCUAACCAAAUAACUGAAUAACAUGCGUUAUUUCAAGCGUCUUUUUGGCCGCGUAUGUUCCUCAAGUGUCACGUGUAUGGAUUAAGUGAAACGCAUUUUCGUAAGGCUGACUCGUCUUCCAGAGAACUGAUGCGGUAUUUUUUGGACGAAAAAAAAGCUAAAACAGGGCGAAACCGUAAAUACCACGACAAAAUAAUUGAAAGGCAAAACUUUGAAUUGAAAAUCGUUUCAUUUAAACACUAGAUGGUACUAAUGCCUGCAAUAACAGAAGAAAUUGUAAAGUCUGUGUUUCGAUCUUUAGAAUUCUUGUUUCGCUUGGAUUCCAAACUUAAAUGGCAAAAAACUUGUUUAAAUAUUAUUUUAUGGACAUUCUUGACUUGUGGAUCGACAACGGCACUAUUUCGACCUGUAAAGCACCAAAUACCUAAGUCUUAAGUCUAAUUAAUGACGAGUGAACUCUGACGAGCUCACUUUGGUGGGUACACUGUUAAUGAAGGUUUGUGACUGUUUGUGCAACAAUACGUUCACAUUUUGGAACUGUAAUUUAUUGUCUUGAGAGGCUCGAAAGUGGCAUCUAGCGAUUUUCAGGCGUUAAGCAUGGAACAGGAUGCAGAAAGCUCCCUAAAAAUGACAAAAAUGGUCGCUAUGGGCAUUGCUAUGUAAUUUUUUUGCGCUUGGUUGCGGAAAGUGCCGGAUUGCACAAUAUAGGCCGAAAUUUAUAAUUAGCGCUACUUCCCACCGUAUUCUAAGAUGAAUUUGUGGUCUGAAAACAUGUAAAAGACAAUUCUUGAAAUUUAGACAUUUUUUUCUAGGGGAACCACCUUCAGUGUUUCAUCAAAAUUAAAUUAUCAGUCUCGCAAACUAGUUUCAAGUUAUUUUUAAACCCAUUUUCUUGAAAAUGCAAUAUCACCAUCAAAAUUUUUAACAGUAAAAUUAUUGUAUUUGAAAAACGAUUUGGUUUAAUAGGUGGCUUUAAAAAAGGGAACUGUAGCGUUACGUAAUAAUUGAACAGCACCUUACAUAUGGUGCCUGAGUUGACUGAAAUCAGAUGUUUAAUUGAACUUUUUGCUUAGUUUAUUACUUUUUUAUUCAUUAGUUGUCAAUCUUAAGAAAGAAUAUUUUUCAGAAAGAUGUUUUGAAUUAAGUUA